UAAAUUAUUGUAUGUUUAUUACCAACAAAAAUAUCUAAUAUAGAACAUAAUUCAAUCAAACACUAAUGAAUAUCUUCAUCAAUCAUCAAUUGUCUCCAGACCAGUUAGUUUGUAAGGGUUUCCAGUAAGUCUCAGAUCCCUCUGGUAAAUGUGGCGGUCCCACCUGGAGUCAAGAGUGCGCCUGUAAUGCUUGCCUAAAACUAAAUUGUGAAUGUGAUAUAGACCCCAUCCUGGCAAACCUAAGGCUGCCGUGAUAAUGAAAGCGCUCGGCAGAAUUUCGUACCACAUUUUCACAAAUUAUCGGACUAAGCAAAGUAGCAACAAUUUCGUAAUUAGAAUGACAGUAAAUUGUGUGUUACCAGAUUCGGUACCAAAAUCGUCCAAUCUGAUAGCCGAGUGUGACCAAGGGAAAAGUGGAUCUAAUCGAACAGUUAUCGGGUCAUCAAAAAUGGCAGACGCACCGAUCGACUGUGAUUUCCCCGUUUGGGGAUUAAUGCCGAAAAAAGAAACGGGAGUUGUAUCAUUUAUCACCAAAAAUCCAAUUUAUGAUGGAAGAGAUACUGUUAUUGCUAUUUUUGAUUCGGGCGUCGAUCCAGCGGCUGCUGGACUCACGGUAACUAGUACGGGUGAAACGAAGGUUAUUGAGAGGUAUGACUGUAGUGGCUGCGGCGAUGUGGACACCAGUACUGUCAUUAAAAAAGUCACCGAUGGGUGCAUUACCGGUCUCACGGGCCGCAAACUAAAGAUCCCAGAAACAUGGAAGAAUCCAUCAGGAUCAUGGAGAGUGGGUAUUCUGCACCCAUUCAGUAUAUACCCUACAAAGUUGAAGGAGCGUGUGCAAGAGCAUCGCAAGGAACAUAGCUGGGACAUUGGCUACAAGCCAGCUUUUGCUGAAGCUAAUAAAAAUUUGCAAGAUUUUGAAAAUGAUGUUGUGUCUAAAAAUCCAAUAUUAAGUCCAGAAGAUAAAAUUCAGAAGGAGGAAUUGGAAGCUAGGGUGGAGGUGUUGCAAAAUGCAGAGAAGAAGUACAAUGAUGUCGGCCCUACCUAUGACUGUGUACUGUUCCACGAUGGAAAUGUUUGGAGAGCGUGCAUCGAUACUUCAGAAUGCGGCGACCUGGCCUCGGGUCCCUUCCUGGGCGAGUACAGCGUUACCCAUGAACACACGCAUCUUACACCAUUUGACGAGAUGACUAUCAGUAUCAAUGUCCAUGAUGAGGGACAGACACUUGAGGUUGUUGGCAUGUGCUCUACCCACGGCACACACGUAGCCGCGAUUGCAUCAGGCUACUUCCCCGAUGAGCCCGAGCGUAAUGGCGUGGCUCCUGGUGCUAAGAUUGUCUCCCUCACCAUCGGAGACAGUCGACUGGGCUCCAUGGAAACUGGCACGGCACUCGUGCGGGCUUGUAUCAAGGUUAUGGAGCUGUCCAAGAAGAUGAAGAUAGAUGUCAUUAAUAUGAGCUACGGAGAACAUGCUCAUUGGUCUAAUUCUGGUCGUGUCGGCGACAUAAUUUGUGAGGUGGUGAACCGGUACAAUGUGUCGUGGGUAGUGUCGGCUGGGAACCACGGUCCCGCACUCUGCACCGUCGGGGCCCCGCCAGAUAUUGCCCAGCCCAUACUCAUUGGAGUGGGCGCGUACGUGUCCCCGGAGAUGAUGUCGGCGGCGUACUCGAUGCGGGCGCGGCUGCCGGGCGGCGCCUUCAGCUGGUCGUCCCGCGGGCCCACCGCCGACGGCGCCGCCGGCGUCAGCGUCUGCGCGCCCGGCGGGGCCGUCGCUGCAGUCGCCAGGUUUACUCUAAGGAAUUCUCAGUUAAUGAAUGGAACAUCGAUGGCAGCACCUCAUGUUGCGGGUGCAGUGGCUAUGCUGGUAUCUGGACUGAAGGCAAAGAAUCUCGCAUACUCGCCGUACUCCAUCAAACGUUCGUUGGAGAACUCUGCCAAUUAUUUGUCACAUGUGGAGCCUUGGGCACAAGGCUGUGGGCUGCUCAAUGUUGAGAAGGCUUUCGACCUGUUGAGCGAAUAUUCGUCUGCACCGGAGCGGGACGUGACAUUCAGCAUACAAUGCGGGCCCAGUAACGCGAAGGGAAUACUGCUGAGGCCACGUAUCGACGACGUACCCAAAGACAUAGGCAUUACUGUCGAACCACAGUUCCUACAAGACCAUAACGACAUGGAGAACAUAUCAGUAAUUCCGAAGCAGAUCGCGUUCGGUAUGCGCCUGGCCCUGACCUGCGACGCGGCUUGGGUCUCCUGUCCGCAGUACCUCGACAUGAUGAACGCGGCCCGGCCCUGGACUGUGCGCGUCGAUACCACGGGCCUUAAACCUGGACCACACUUUACUAGUAUCCUGGCGUACGACGUGAGCGCGGUGUCGAAGGGCCCGGUGUUCCGCGUGCCCGUCACCGUACUGCAGCCCGAGCCCAUCCAGCUGGGCGGCGCCGCGCCCGCCUCGCUUGUAGCGCAGGACGUACUGUUCCAGCCCGCCACCAUCGUGCGACACUUCCUUAUUGUCCCGCCUGAAGCAACGUGGGGCGUCCUAAAGAUCUCAACAGAAGAUAAAGAAAAGACUGGUAGAUUCUUAAUCCACACUAUGCAGUUAUUGCCGAAGAGAAGUUGCAGAUGUCAUGAAACACAGAAAAUGGUCAACGUUACCUCAGAAGCGCCCGCUUCGUUACACUUCCAAGUUGUUGGGGGCGUGACGCUGGAGGUGGUGAUAGCGAAGUACUGGGCCAACCUGGGCGAGGUGUCGGCGUCGUACAGCGUGGAGCUGCACGGGCUGGCGGCCGACUUCGGGCAGCGCCUCGUGCUGGGCGCCGCCGACGGGCUGCGCGCCGUCACGCUGCGCGCGCUGCGCCACCAGGACCUGCAGCCCGCCGCCCAGCUCAAGUACUCCGAGCCCGCCGUCAGACCAUCAGAAUCGAAAAUCGUCCCGUUAACAGCUCGUGAUGUAAUACCGCCCAGCCGACAGAUAUAUCAACUAGUCAAUACUUAUAAUUUCCAUAUCGCCAAGGCCACAGAGGUAUCACCAAUAAUAUCGUUAUUGUGUGACAUGUUAUAUGAGUCGGAGUUCGAGUCACAAAUGUGGAUGUUGUACAAUAGUUGUAAACAGCUUAUGGCCACCGGCGAUGCUUAUCCUUCUAAGUACUCGGUGAAGCUGGAGAAGGGCGAGUACACGCUGCGACUGAACGUCCGUCACGAGAACCGAGCCCUGCUGGACAAGCUGGCCGACCUGCCGGCCGUCAUCCAGCAGCGCCUGCCCGCGCCCAUCGCGCUCGACGUCUACUGCUCGCAAGCGCAGGCGUUGACAGGCGGUAAAAAAUACAGUUCAGGAUCAUUAGCGAAUGGGAACCUGCUACCUCUUUAUUUCACAACAAUACCUGCUGACAAACUGAGCAGGUCGAGCCUGUCGGUGGGUCUGGUGCUGUCGGGCAGCGUGUGGUUCCCCCGCGAGGAGGCGGCGCGGCGCGCGGCCAGCCGCCCGCUGCUGCUGCUGCCGCUGGACGCGCCGCGCCGCGCCGCACCCGCCAAGGACAAGGACAAGCCCAAGCACGACGACUACAUGGACGCUUACAAGGACUUCACCACCGGCUGGCUCGCUAAACUAGAGGGCGACAAGUUAGAUCAAGUUUAUGAAGAAUUAGUAGAAAAGUUCCCAGGUUACUUGGGGGCGCAUAUCGCAUAUCUUAACGCUCUUGACUCCCCAACUGAUCCCAAAAAACUACCUCAUGCGAAUGAAGAACCCGAUGUUACGACAGCGUGGUGUGAACAGCUUAUUUCUAUUUCUGACAAGGUGAUAAAGGCUAUCGACCAGGACAAGUUGUUAGCUUACCUCGGCAUGAAGAAUGAUACCAGAAGUGAUGCCCAUAAGAUUAAGCAGGAGCAGGAGAAGCAGCGCGGCUGGGUGGUGGAGGCGCUGUCGCGGCGCGGCACGGCGCUGUGUCGCCUGCGCGCGCUGGCCCGCGCCGCGCCCGAACCCGCGCUCAACAACAUGCACGACCUGCUCAAGUUCACAGACCUCGCCGACACCAAGGUCGCCAAACGAGCCGACUGGUUACCUAAUGGUUACCGCGUGCACCUCAAAGAGUCAUUAGACCACCACAGACGGGGCCCUACAGGGCUGAUGUUCAGCCGGGGUUGCGGGUUAAACGCAAUGAGUCACCACAGCCUCGGCCCAGAGCAGGAGAAGGCGAUUCACUACGGCGUAUGGCACUGCUUCACAUUCAAGCAGUGGGGCCGCGCCAUUAAGCUGCUCAUGAAGAUACAAGAGGAACGUCCCUCCAAGGAGGUGGAGGAGAGACUUAUAGAAGCAUACCAGCAACUAGGCUGGGAUUUCUAUGCCAAGGCGGCGCAAUCCGCCUUGCCCAUCAAGUACCCAGCCAACUAUAGACCAUUUUAAGCAUAGGAUAGUCUGACCAUUGACAGAGCAGUUUCAAUCUGUACUGAGAGAUUAUUAUUGUUAGAAAUACGGGUAAAGCAUUGAAAUCGAGGUUGCUUAACUUCCAUUUUACAGAAAUAUUUAUCCAAUGUCUUCACCAAACCUCAACCGAACGCUGGCGUUCGCGCACUCUUGUUCUUUUUUUGUUUUUCGAAUAACCACGAUUGAAAGGUUAAUGUACUCGUCACAAUUUAGUGUAUAACAGUUUUAGUAGUAAAUUCACUCUGAUGUUUUAGUGACUACAAUUAACAUUUUCAUAUUAUUUGCCUCUUGAUCUCACCAAUAAGUCGCAAUCCCUGUUAAUAAUUUUCCUUUAUACAGAGGGAUAAUAUCUGUCAGUACACAUUGAAACUAACAGAUAGUAAUAAACAAACUAAUGCUUAAAGUUUAAAGCAAUUUGCUUCGUAAAGGUUUGUAUGUAACACGAUGCGGAUUUGGAACAUACUGUUGUUUUAUAUUGCAAAUGUAUUCAUAAGAAAUAAAGUAAAAGUAAUAACAGACUUUAAUUGGAAUACAGUUUUAUAUAAUGUUCUUAGAAAAUUUAUAAUGAGACGCGAAUAGUCAACGAGUGUCUUGUUCUGUUACAACAAUGCAGGUCCAAGAUAAAAUUCUAGACUGUUAAUUCUUCCUAGAAAAACUUUUAAUAUUGUUACCUCAAUUUGUUGUCUUCCCCUGUCUUUCCAAUAAUUCAAUGAAUUGAUUAGUUUUCAAAUGCUAUUGUAAAUCCUACAUAACUUAAAUCAAAUGUCUAUUAAUUGUUUGUCUGUUGGGAAAAUAUAUAAAUUGCAAUAGCAAGGUAGGUAUACAUAAACAAAUUUUCAUUAUGUAGUUGGCACUUGUUGGAUCAUAAUAUAAAUUAACAUAUGAUAAAUUAAAACAAGCUAAAUUAUGUUCUUUCAACGUUUUUAGAAUGAAUUGAAACGCGUACUGUCGGAGUGUUAAUAAAUGAAAUAAAUAUAUAAAUAAUAUUAGAUUAUUGUUUUAGUGACAUAAGCUUGGAUCGCUGGCACGGUGCCCGAAGCUGGGCAAGCUUGCAUGCUUGAAAGACCAAGGAGUUUUCUAUUGAUUGACUCGUUAAAUAAGUAUUAAUCUUAUAAUUUAAUUUUAUAUUAUAUGUAAGUUACAAGAAGAUAUCUCAGUAAUCUUAUGAGCCUCAUUUAAUUAUUGCAUUUAUAUGUAUGUGCAUUCAGUCCACUUUUGCAAAGCUUUUAUACAUUUUUAUAACAAGUUAAUGUUAUGUAGUUGAUAGAAGAUUCCUUAGUCAAAUUGUAUGUUAACAAUAGUCGGUCGUUUGUGUUAAAUAAGCCAUUUUAUAGUUUUAAUUUUAAAUACAAAUUGUAAUGACAGGGUGCUCUAUGUUGUGCUCAAAAUAGUUCAAUGUUUAAAUGGACACAUGAAUACAAUGUCUAAUAUAUUUAUAAUUUUAUACCCAGAAUGUUACGUGUAUUUAUUUAGUGUAGCUACACGAGUAUUUGGGACAUACAGUCUUAUUGAAAUAAAUAUUUAUUGAACAACGGCCGAGAGCAGUUUUAGUUCUCGACAACUGUUUUAUAGAACUGACGAGUUGUCGCCGCGUUUUGUAGUAUGACGAUAGUGUAGUAUUGGUUCUAGUAAUAUAAAUAGUACUUAUGUUGACAGCUUGCACGUUAUGUCUGUACAUAUUGUGCUGAAUUUUUAAACGCACUCGGGUACAAACUCCAAACACCAAUUUUUAGGCCAAUAGCCAAUAAGAUAGAUUAUAGCAGUAUGUUAUCUCAAGUACACACAGUUCUAAAUAACCAAAUAAAGAAAUAUUCUAGAUAUAAGUACCACUUUAUAACACGAAAAGGCUUAAGAUAAACAGUACACAAAGCUUUCAUAAUAAGUAUAUUUCUGGUUGAAUUUAAUGAUGUAUAAUGAAUUUUUACACGAUUUGUAUAUGAAUUUUUAUGUGGCAUAGUCUAAUAUUGAAAUUGUUGGUCGUGACACGAGUUUUGAAAUACGGUAGACAAGUUUGUAAGCUCAAUAAUUGGACCUAAAGUACUUCAAGCAUAUAUCAUUGUUCAUUGA